AUGAGCGGAGCACCGCCGAAACCGCCGCCGAUGCGCGAGAUCAACCACGCCAUACCACUUGUGGACGAAACACGGCAAUACAAUUAUCAUAUGCCGCGGUGCCCGGAUGCUUUGAAGCCCCAGCUCAUGGAAAAGAUCAACAAGUAUGUCGAAGCAGAGUGGUGGAUUCCGAAGACCGCCACGCAAGCUGCACCGAUGUUGUGUAUCCCGAAAAAGUCAGGAAAGAUACGCACCGUGGUUGAUUGUCGGAAGCGAAACGAAAAUACGGUCAGGGACGUGACGCCACUCCCAGACCAAGAUCAAAUCAGGCAUGACGUCGCUCGAGGAAGGUUCAGAUCUAAGAUAGAUCUAUCGAACGCCUACGAGCAGAUCAGGGUAGAGCCUGGAGACGUUAUCAAGACUGCGUUCGCCACAAUCUACGGCACGUACCUGAGUAAUGUCAUGCAGCAGGGAGACUGCAACGCUCCCGCUACAUUCCAAAGACUAAUGACCCAUAUAUUCAGAAAGCACAUUGGGAUCUUCAUGCACGUAUACCUGGAUGACAUAUUUGUCUACUCGGAUACCAUCGAAGAACAUGAACACUACUUAGGAAUUGUGUUUGACUGCCUGCGUGGCGCAGAACUCUAUCUCGAAGCGGAGAAAUGCCAGCUAUACGCCGAGAAGCUCGACUGCCUAGGCCAUCUGAUCGACGAUAAGGGAUUGCACGCGGAUGGCGAUAAGAUGACAAAGAUAAGGGAAUGGAGGACACCAAGGAACUACCUAGACAUCCAACGAUUCCUCGGCCUUGUACAGUACAUAUCACACUUUAUGCCAGACCUUUCGGCGUACACGGGACCAUUGAGCGCCAUCAUGCGCAAUCAAGAGUCAUUCAAGUGGCACCCGAUCCAUGACAAGUGCUUCGAGAUGAUUAAGGUCCUCGCUUGUAAGACACCGAUCCUCAAGCCGAUCGACCCACGUAACGGCGAAACCAUCUGGGUCGUGUGCGAUGCAUCUACAUCGGGUGUGGGUGCUAUGUACGGGCAAGGGCCCGAGUGGAAGACAUGUAGACCGGCGGGAUUCAUGUCCCGAAAGCUUACCGCUGCACAGCGCAACUACCGAGUAUGGGAAUACGAGAUGCUGGCUAUCUUGGAAGCGUUAAUGAAGUGGGAAGACAAGCUCCUUGGCUUCAAGAUCCGCAUCGCAUCAGACCAUAAGGCUUUGGAGUUCUUCAAGGAUGUGAAGCGCCUGUCUAGCCGUCAAGCACGGUGGAUGGAAUACCUUUCCCGAUUCGACUACGAGAUUGAAUACGUGCAGGGCGUAGACAACCUGGUCGCGGAUGCGCUGUCUCGGUACUACCAUAGUGACCGAUGGGAUGAAGAGCACGAAGCGCGUGAAUACGCGGAUGCUGACGCGCGUCUCGACCCAUACAAAGAAGACCUGCCUUGGGAUCGCAUCGAAGAGAUGCGCGUAAUGGAAGCUGUUGGGAAACGCAUCCGGAAGGCGCCUCGUCGCGACGAUGAGCCGCGCCGGUAUGCCGAUAAACUGACCGAACAUAAAGACCCGCGCGACAUUGAGGCGGAAGAACUGCACAAGUAUGAAGUGAAGAAACAGCGUGCCGAGGAGCGCGCUAUAAGACGUGCAGAAUUGGAGCGAAUUGAGGAUGAGGAGAACCCUAGAUUCAUAGAUUCGGUGGCCGAGGGGCCCGAUAUUCACAAGUACAUUGAGGGUGCAGAGUCCUUCCUGAACGACGUGAAGGACGGGUACACCGAGGAUACCUUGUUCCAGAAGAUCGUCGACGAACCUGAACGCCACAAGGCGUUCUCCAAGACUGAUGGGUUCUUAUACACUCGGAACCGAGCAGGAGAUGACGUCCUAUGUAUACCACGGGCGGUCAAGAACGGAAGGCGUAUGACCGAGGUCAUCCUGACCACCGCUCACACGAUAUUGGGGCACAUGGGCGCCCAGCGUACAGGGGAAUACAUACGACGAUUCUACUGGUGGCCUACAUUGGGACGAGACGUAGAUCUCUUUUGUGAUACCUGCGAGAUUUGUCAAGUCACGAAAGGAAGGACAACGAAGAUAGCGGGCUUACUGCACAGCAUGCCAACCCCGCGCCGUCCUUGGGACUCCAUCGCGAUGGACUUCGUUGGGCCCUUUCCGACGGCGGAAGGCGGAUACGACUAUCUAUGGGUUAUACUGUGUCGAAUGACGUCUCUGACUCACCUUAUACCCAUCACGACGAAGAUACGGGCGAAGGAAUUGGCCUGGAUCUAUGUAAAGGAAGUCGUCAGGUUACACGGACUACCAUCGAGCAUAGUAUCAGACCGGGAUUCGAAGUUUACCUCGCGCUUUUGGCGCGAGGUGCAUCGCCUCCUUGGCACCAAGCUCCUUAUGUCCACGAGCUUCCAUCCGCAGACGGAUGGAGCCUCAGAGCGACAGAUACGCUCGAUCGGCCAGAUCAUGAGGUCCAUGGUGCAGCCUGACCAAACGAACUGGGUAGAGUGUCUACCUAUGACAGAAUUUGCGCUCAACAGUAGCACGAAUGCAUCCUCAAAACAUGCACCAUUUGAACUCACCUUCGGGUACAUGCCCACAAUGAUUGCGGGCAUACAACCAAAUGCAAAGGACUCGCCGGGUGUGCGCGAGUUCGCGCAGAACGCGCUACGGAACCUAGCACACGCACAUGAUGCUAUCAUCGAAUCACGCGUUAAUCAGACCAGCUGGGCGAAUAAGCACCGAUCGCCCGAGAUGCCCUUCGAGGAAGGAGACCUCGUGUACAUUUCGACCGAGAACCUGAACAUGCCCAAAGGGCGAGCGCGAAAGCUCAUGCCCAAGUACAUAGGACCAUAUCCUGUGGAAAGUGCGAAUGCAGAGUCGUCAGCAUACAAGAUAAGGCUACCUGAAGACCUAGCAACACGACGCAUAUACGCUACCUUUCAUGUCAGUAAGCUCCGGCGACACGAGCCGAACAACGACAAUCUGUUUCCGUCCAGGGACAGCAAGUUCUUCUAUGAUUUCGGCGCUCCGCACGAAGACGAAUGGCUGAUAGACGAGAUAACGGCUCACCAUUGGAACAAGAACACCGUCGAGUUCGACGUCCGCUGGAACCUAGGCGAGACGACGCGUGAGCCAUUGUCGCGCGUCAACAAGCUCGAAGCCUAUGCGGCCUACCUCGAACUUCUCGGUGCCCAAAGCUGGCGCGGUCUUCCGCGGAUCAAGGGACCUACAGCAACGUCAAAGGACCCUGCAAAUCCGCAGAAGGCGUAA